AUGGCCGGCGCGUGCCGUAUCGCGCGGUGCGUGCGUCGCGCUCCCGUGCCACACUCGUGUCGCCCCCGUGUCGCCCCUGUGUCGCCUCCCUGCCGCCUCCCUGCCGUCAUCUCACCGGAACUCCGUUAUAAGUGCUAUAAAUGUUUAUUACUCCAAUUUAGGCCAGGAUUGAGAUCGGGGGUGAGGACAGUGGACGUGCAGGCGGUGGAGGGCAUGGUGGCGCAGUUCCCGUGCGACCUCGGUACCGCCGCCAAUGACAAGGUCUACAUGGUGUUCUGGUUCAGGGACGACGCCGGGAUACCACUGUACAGGAUGCAGCCGGCGGCCCCCGACCCCGGCGCCCCCGGCUCCCAGCCCCCGGGACCUGGUAACUCGAUGAGCCCACCUCGCAGCCUCCUAGCCUGA